AUGAAGUCCGUGUGGGGCUGCAUCCUGCUGGGGGCGCUGCUGAGCCAAGUGGCGGCCCUGCGAUGUUACUCUUGUGAUGGGGACGGGAGCUGCCAGGAGACAGCGGACUGUGGGGAGCAGCAGGGGUGGUGUCGCACGACUGCCCUCACCAUGAUCGCCCGCUCCGAGGUCUCCAAGCGGAUCCAGAAGGGCUGCGACGUGGAGGGGAAACCCAACAAUUCCAUUUCCUUCUUCUCCCAUGGGCAGAUUGUGAUGCUGGCGGAGGAGCAGUGCGCUACCGACCUCUGCAACCAGGGGGUGCCAGACGCCCUGAGCGCCUUCCCCUCCACCUCCAGCCUGGAUUGCCUCUCCUGCUCCUCCUCCGACCACUCCUGCUCCGGCCCCUCCUUGACGCGGAUCCGGUGCCUGGACCCCCGGGAGCAGUGCGUGGACAUCACGGCCAUCUCCAUGCCCGAAGAGUUUCCCCAGGACGAGCGGCGCAUCAAAGGCUGCGGGCAGAUCUCUCAGUGCCAGGAGCCCCUGGGCUUCCACAACCGCGACAGCUUCUACCUGCUGCAGUGCUGCAACUCCACCCUGUGCAAUAACGACGCCCACGAUUAUGAGGAAUCGCCCCUGCCCCUGAACGGGGUCACCUGCUAUGCCUGCGAAGGGAACUCCAGCCACGGCUGCGCCCCAGAACACGUCACCGCGGUGCAGUGCCAGGGGCCCAUGACCCACUGCAUGGAGACCGUGGGGAGCCAUGAGCGGACGGGGCCGGGCGCCAUGCUGAAGGGCUGCGCCACCCCGGCCUGGUGCGAUGCCCCCUACACCUCCGUCUACAAGCGCCUGGCCGGGGUCCAGGCCCACUGCUGCCGUGGCAACUUCUGCAACAGCGGGAUGCAGGCGGGCGCCCUCCCCAGGAGCCAGGCCGGCCACGGGCUCGCGGCACAGCCAGCCCUGCUCUGCGGCGCCGCCCUCCUGGCCGUGCUGGUCCUGCUGCCCAGCGGCUCCUAA